AGCGCCCCGACCUGCCCCCUCGGGACUCCAGAGUGUCCCGGAGUGUCCCAGGAGGCGAUUGGAACCCCGAACCCCCAUGUCUGCAAUGUCCCAGAGCCCAGGAGGCAACUGGAGCCCCGAACCCCAAUUUCUGCAAUCAAGUGGGGCUCCCCAGAGACGCCUGCAAGGCCACGCGGGCCGGGCAGGGCCAUGCGGACGGUGCUGGGGACUCAGGUGGGAAUGGGUUUCAGGUGGAAACUUGGGGGCUGCCCCCAAAUAGGGGCCUUUGGUGCCACCCAGGUUUGGAGACACUAGGGGUCUGUCCCCCUGAUUCACCCCCCCUCUCCAGCCAUCUCAUCUUCUAGGGUCGCUUUGCAAGAAGCUGCGGUGCCAAAGGCCUUCUUUUUCCCCCUUUUGUUACCGAGUCCCAAAACUCUGGAUAAAGCCCCACACACACACACCCCAGUUCUGGGCGGGAUCCAGCGGCCCAGGCACCCCUGGGUGGCUCCCAAGACUUGCUCGACCCAAAGAGAGACCCAUUGGGUUGGCUGCUUAUGGACCCCGCGACUCAGAAACGUUCCACGGGCCGGUGCAUUCGAGCCAGACAAUGAGCCGCUUCUUCUGCCAAGUGGAUUGUUUGCUGGGAUCCGCAAGCUCCAAGACUUUGGUGCUUCCAGAAAACUCCAAUAUCCAAACAGACCCUGCAGGGAAUCCCCCGCAGUCGCCCAGCACCAUAGGACCUCCAGUCUCAAGCACGAAGACUACCACCACAACCUCAAAACCUGCGACAAAAUCAACAGCUCCCCCAACCUCAAGCACUGUGACUGUCAAUGUAACCACCUUGAAACCCAUCACAACGUCUACAACAACAACAGUGGCAUCAACUACCACAAAGUCGACACUCAAAACAACAAGUGUUUCAAAGACCACACCCCUGGUGCCAACUUCCACGAUGAUCACAAGCCACAACAGCUCAGGGACGACAUCUGCUGAUUCACUGGUAUCAAACACAACUACUAUUAAUUCCAAAGAGAAGAAAGGAUCCAAUUUUGACACUGGCAGUUUUGUUGGUGGCAUUGUAUUAACACUGGGAAUAUUAUCUAUUUUUUAUGUUGGAUGCAAAAUGUAUUAUUCCAGAAGAGGCAUCCGUUACAGUACCAUCGAUGAACACGAAGCCAUCAUUUAAAGCACUCCAAGGACCAAUGGGAAAGGUGAUGCAGCCCUAUCUAGUAAUUUGGUUUAAAUUCUUGGUUCUUAAAAACAGUAUACACAGGCCAUGUAGAUGUUAUAUAAACAUGUAAAACCUCCUACUGAUACACGUCAAAGAGGCUCUGUGAACACUUGAAACACAGUUAUAGCAAUGAUUUUAUUGACUUUUAGUAACAACAGACCCUAUCCCGUUUCUUUAUGGCAUUGGAUCUGUAUGUAUCCAGAAGAUAGCAGUGAAGGGCAUAAUGCCAGCAGAAUACACAGUAUGGAGCUUGUCAGGGUAGAAAUGUCAUAAAAAGGUCUCACACAUUAUUUUAAUUCUCUCACUAGAAAGCAUCAGUAUUUGUUAAAGCUUAGUACUGGGUUUAGAAACUACACAUAAAAUACCUGGAGUGUAGUCCCAAUGGAGAGCAAUUAAAGAAAUGUACUCUUAUGAACUUCUUGGAGGUUGAUAUUCUUUAAAGUUUCAGUAAAUCACCAUGUUCAGUUUAAUAGAAUAAGAACUGAAUUGUUUGCUGCUGUGAGAACAUUGUCACCACUGGAAAUUGCUUUGUUUCCUAUUUAGCUAUUUAGUGCAUUAUUUUGAUACGUGGA